AUGAAUCAAUUGCAAGGACCAAUUCCAAACACAUUUUCAAUCUUAAAAAAUCUUGAGUAUCUUAACCUAGGUAGAAACAAUUUCAAUGGUAGAGUAGAACUUGACAUGUUCCUAGGACUCGACAAACUCAAAGUACUCGAGUUAAGUGAUAACAGGAUAACAGUAGUAAUCACCAACAACUACACCAAUACCAGUUUACCAACUUUGGAUACGUUAUCGCUGUCAUUAUGCAAUUUGAAAGAAUUUCCUGCCUUUUUGCGCUUCCAAAAUAAAUUGCGUACCUUAGUUCUUGACCACAACAACAUUGAUGGCCUGGUACCGGUGUGGAUCUGGAACAACAGCCGAGAAACAUUAGAGUUGAUUGACAUUUCAUUCAACUCCAUCACUGGCUUUGAUCAACAUCCUCAUUUUCUCCCAUGGGCAAAUUUACAAGUAUUUUUUAUCCAUAAAAACCAGGUAAGCGGACAGCUACCAUUUCCACCACAAACCACAAUUAUUUAUUCUAUUGCAAAGAAUAAUGUGAUAGGAGAAAUACCACCAUCCAUAUGUGAAUUGAAAUCUCUUCAAAUGUUAGAUUUGUCUUUUAACAACAUGAGCGGAACACUUCCUUCAUGUUUGGGUAUCUUAAGCAAUUCCUUGAUGUAUUUGAAUCUGAAACACAAUAACUUCCACGGAAAAAUUAUGAACACUUUUACGCUUGGAAGUAUGUUGACAGAACUUGAUUUGAGCGACAAUAGAUUUACGAGUCAACUGCCAAGAUCAUUGACAAAUUGUACAAAUUUAGAGAUUCUCUCUCUUGAAGAUAACUCUUUUCAUGACGCCUUUCCUUCUUGGUUGGGAAGUCUUGCGGAGCUACAAGUUCUAGUCUUGCGGUCAAACAAAUUUUAUGGUCCAAUUCAAGGUUCCACAGCUGUUUCAUCACAGUUCCCAAAGCUCCGGAUCAUAGACCUCUCUAACAACAAUUUCAGUGGUCAGUUGCACUACAACUACUUCCAAACAUGGCAUGCCAUGAGCUCCGACGAUCUUGGUGUAUCAUCUGCUAUGGAAUCAGAGAUAUCCUCCAAAACCGUCUUUACAAAUGUGCAAUACACGGUGACCUUAAUUCACAAAGGUGUCAAAACAGAGUACGAUCGUAUUUUAACCAUAGAAAUGUCCAUUGAUCUCUCUUGUAACAACUUUGAAGGAGAAAUCCCACAAUCACUACAACAUCUUCGAGGCCUUCAAGCCCUCAAUCUUUCCAACAAUCAUUUUACUGGACGUAUCUUGCCAUCUUUAGGGAACCUAACGAAUCUUGAAGCUUUGGAUCUCUCUCGAAACGAUCUAUCUGGGGAAAUUCCUCAACAGUUGGUGCAACUCGGCUUCCUUUCCAUCUUCAACGUGUCAUUCAACCAUCUUGAGGGGCGCAUACCACAAGGAAAACAAUUUGAUACAUUCGAUGACUUCUCUCUUACAUAG